UGAUUGGCUGACAGGGUCGAUGACGUCAGACGCGAAACGCCGGGCCUACCGCGGGAGCGCGAGGGACUCCACGAAUUCAGUUUGGAGGCGUCUUUGAGCUCGCCGAGUAGACACCAUGAGCAAGGCUCACCCUCCCGAGUUGAAAAAAUUUAUGGACAAGAAAUUAUCAUUGAAAUUAAAUGGUGGCAGACAUGUUCAAGGAAUAUUACGGGGGUUCGAUCCAUUUAUGAAUCUUGUGAUAGAUGAAUGUGUGGAGAUGGCAACUAGUGGGCAACAGAACAAUAUUGGAAUGGUGGUAAUACGAGGAAAUAGUAUCAUCAUGUUAGAAGCCUUAGAACGAGUAUAAACAAUGGAUGUGUUCAUCAGAAGAAUCAACUGCUUCCACAUGUCCCCUCUCCAUAGUACCUGUUUUACUACAAUAUAAAAAUCAGAUUGUGUGCAUUUUCAUAUUGAGCUUUUUUGUUAAAUAAACUUUUAUAAUAGCCAAAAAUGCUUUCUCAGACAUGCUGAAUGUAGAAUUGAGUAUUAGCCCUUAUUCUAAUUUUUUCUAACAUGAACUGUUCUUGGUUGAGAUUGAUUUGUUCUGAAGCUUUUAUGCACUAAUAUAGGAGAAUCUGAUUAAACGUGAAGCAUAGCAA